AUGCCUCGGGACGACAAAGACAAAAAGCACCGGAGCAGAGACCGGAGCAGAGAGCAUAGCAGGGAUCGCAGCCGGCGCUCAUCACGGCGACAGUCAGCCUCGCCAGACAACAAAAGGCACAGGAGCCGCGAAAGAAGCACACACAAAGACCGGCACAGCUCACGGUCCUCAAAGAAAUCCAAAUCCAAAGCAGAACAUGCAGAUGCAGACGCAGACGCAGACAGUAUGCGCGGGGAUGAUACAGUUGGCGGGUACAAAGCCUCAGACAACCCAUUCAACGACGCCGCGCUAGGCAAAAAGUUUGUGUGGAAGAAAAAGGUAGAGCAGGACAAGGCACGCGGGCUCAGCCGCGAGGAGCGCGGUCAGGCCGAAAAGGAAAGGCGGCUGGAGGCUGAGCGCGAGCUCGAGAACCUACGAAAGCGACGCGAGCUCCGAGAGGUCGAGCGGCUGCAGCGCGACCAAGAGAUGGCGCGGGUGCGGCGCGAGCAGGAGCAGGAAAAGCUAGGUGACUGGGAGCGGAAGGAAGAGGAGUUCCAUUUGCGUCAGGCAAAGAAGCGCGCCGAGAUUCGGAUCCGCAACCACCGGCCCAAGCCCAUCGACGUGCUGGCAAUGAGCCUGCGCCUGGCCAAUGAGCCCUUAGACGACGACGAGGCCGCGGAGGUUGCAAAGGUGCGUAUGGACUCUGACGAUAUGCUGCCACACGAGUUGGUCCAGGGCUUGUCAGCUGAGGAGUGCGACGAGCUUGUGCAUGAUGUCGAAAUGUACUUGUCACUAGAGAAGAACGCCCGCAAUCAACGCAUCCUGGACGGCACUCAGCAGCCCGACACGACAGACACGACAGACGACACGGCGUCGCGGGAUCUCUACGAGGCUGAGCUGCGCAAGGAACGCGACCCGAGCGAGGCCAUCUUCAGUGUCGAGGCGACCGUGGCGGCCAAAACCUACGCGUGGCAGGACAAGCAUCGGCCGCGCAAGCCGCGGUACUUCAACCGCGUGCAUACCGGAUACGAGUGGAACAAGUACAACCAGACGCAUUACGACAAGGACAACCCGCCACCAAAAGUUGUGCAGGGCUACAAGUUCAACAUUUUUUACCCCGAUCUCAUCGACAAGUCUGAGGCGCCCACGUACCGCAUUGAGACUGAUCCGCUGAGCGAGGACACGGUGAUUCUGCGCUUCAUCGCCGGCCCCCCGUACGAGGAUAUUGCCUUCCGUAUUGUUAACCGCGAGUGGGAGUACAACCGCCGCAGGGGGUUCAAGAAUGUCUUUGACCGCGGCGUGCUGCAGUUGUACUUUAGAUUCAAGCGCCACUACUACCGCCGUUAG